AUGGCGACGUCCACAGAACACGUUGGAGCGGGAUACACAGCGACGGUACCGGAUCAAACAGAAGCCGCAGAAACGUCCAGAGACCCGGAGACCUCAGACUCAGAGCCCGCCGCUGAGGAUCCGGAGCCGGGUCAAGAUGACGACGAGGACGAAGACGAAGGUGAGCCGUCCGAGCCGAAGAUCCGUGACACUCCGGAGGAUAUACGGCUGGAGGCGGUCGCCAACACCGUGGCUCUGCACCCGAGCCGGGACCUGCUGGUGUGCGGGGACGUGGACGGGGACUUGUACGCCUACUCCUACUCCUGCACGGAGGGGGAGAACCGGGAGCUGUGGUCCUCGGGGCAUCACAUGAAGUCCUGCCGCCAGGUGCGCUUCUCCGCGGACGGACUGAAGCUGUGCAGCGUGUCCCGGGACAGGGCCGUGCACAUGCUGGACGUGGAGCGCGGGCAGCUGGUCACCAGGAUCCGCGGGGCACACGGAGCCCCCAUCAACAGUCUGCUGCUGGUGGACGAGAACAUCCUGGCGACUGGAGACGACGGAGGAACCCUGAAGGUGUGGGACAUGAGGAAAGGGACGGCAGUCAUGGACCUGAAACACCAUGACGAUUACAUCAGUGACAUCGCUGUGGACCAGGCCAAGAGGAUCCUCCUCACAACCAGUGGUGAUGGUACCAUGGGCGUCUUCAACAUUAAGAGGCGGCGCUUCGAGCUGCUGUCGGAGUACCAGAGUGGUGAUCUGACCUCAGUGGUGCUGAUGAAGCACGGUAAGAAGGUAGUUUGUGGCUCCAGUGAAGGAACCAUCUACAUCUUCAACUGGAACGGCUUUGGUGCCACCAGCGACCGCUUCGCCGUCAAGGCGGAGUCAGUGGACUGCAUUGUCCCCAUCACGGACAACAUCAUGUGCACGGCGUCUAUGGACGGGUACAUCCGAGCCAUCAACCUCCUGCCGAACCGGGUCAUCGGCUGCAUCGGUCAGCACGUUGGAGAACCCGUCGAGGAGAUCGCUACGUCCUGGGACUCGCGUUUCCUGGCCAGCUGUGCCCACGACCAGCUCAUCAAGUUCUGGGACAUUUCCAGUUUACCCAAGACAACGGUCAACGAAUACCGCAAGAGGAAGAAAAAACACGGACAAAUGAAGUCUCUCACCAAGAAGGCCCACGGAGACAACGACUUCUUCUCAGGACUUGUGGAAGAAACGGAGAAGAAGAAGGAGGAAGGAGACGAGGAAGAGGGGGAGGAAGAGGAGGAUGAAAGUGACAGUGGCAGUGAUUAAACACCUGUUUCACUUCGAUGUUUCUGUGCCUUUGGACACUGAGUAGAAAGGUCCAGGUGUUUGGUCCAACCCAAAUAUCUCAUGAUACUACAGGAACAUUGCCAUGGACAGAACUGUAGCUCCUGUGGCCUUCGUGUCUCCUUUUCUUGAGGACUUUUUGUGCUAGGGUCGCAUUGACCCCAUUACCCAUUGAAAAGACAAGAAAUCUGCUAUGAAUCAGGGUUUCUGAUUAAUUUAGGAUAUAAAAAAUAAGGUUUAAACAACAUUUGAAAUUGUUAGUGUCUUUCAGAGAGUACUUUAAAUGUAUGCACACAUGUGUAAUGUAUAAAAUGAGGUAUAUUUUCUCAUUUGGUCUGUAAAAUAUCAGAAAAUGUUAAAAUGUCCAUCAGUGGUUCUCUCUGGUUCCAAAAAACAUUGACAUUUAAGAAGCUGAUAAAUCAGAGAAAAACACUCAAAUCCAUGAUGAAAAUAGUUGACGAUUCAUUUUUUUAAUCGAUUAGCAAUCGAAGCAACAAGGAUGUCACGUGGUCAUGAACAAAGGAAAAUGAAUAAAAAGCAUUU